CCUGGAAGGCAUAGUUGCAUGUUUGCAACAAGGACCCUGAAUGCAUCAUGAUGUUUACUGGCCGCCCAUUGGUCCAUCGCGCUCCAACUCUGAUCCAAUCACAGCGCAUAGGCGGAGAAGCGUGCGCCCCACCUUGUUUCGGUCACGUGACGUAUGCCUACGAAGAUGGUGGAAGUUUCUUCUUCCUUGAAGUGAAACCCCGACUGGAACCUAAACACCCCGCACACCGAGGGCUCGGACUUCACCGCAGCGUUACCAGUCUGGUUUCACAGCCUCCCUUCGGAUCCGGGCCUUCACCCCAGCCCUAUGUCAUGGCAAGUGGAGUCACCAAGUCGGGCACUACCAACGGUUACCCUAUGAAGGCACAGCUACAAAUCAUUGUGCUAUCAGCAAAACUAAAAGAGAACAAGAAAAACUGGUUCGGUCCCAGUCCCUAUGUGGAAGUGACAGUCGACGGCCAGUCCAAGAAAACAGAGAAAUGCAACAACACCCACAGCCCCAAGUGGAAGCAGCCACUCACUGUGAUUGUGACUCCAUUCAGCAAACUGGUGUUUCGUGUGUGGAGCCACCAGACGCUGAAGUCAGAUGUGUUGCUAGGCAUGGCCACGCUGGACGUCAGCGACACGCUCAAGUCUAACGACAUGAAAAUCUCUGAGGUGGUGCAGACCUUACAGCUGUGUGCAGACAGAGACCAGUCAGAUGUGGUGGGAGAUCUGUCUGUCUGCCUGGACGGCAUGACUGUCGACCCUGAGAUGUUCGCCAAGGCCGAGGCUGAUCAUCACAGUACAUCAAAUGGGGAAUCACAACCCAAUGGAGAUCAUACCAUAAGGCCGAGUAGAGACAGCUCCCCAGCUGUGGACGGUGUCGAUCACAAGUCUUCUCCCAGUGGCCGGAGGUCAGCGAACAGCAAGGGGUCUCCUUCAGUGUCAUCUGGGGGCUCGAGGCCUCUCCGACCACCCAGGCCCUCCAGACCUCCUCCUCCAACCCCACGCAGACCCACCUCUUCACCAGCAUCCUCCAGCAACGGCUCUGCACCAGCUGAUGGCAGCGAUGGUCAGUCCGGAUCUGAUACACCGGUGCGAGCACUAGCCACAGUACCGUCAUCAGCCCGAGAAUCAAGUCCGUCGGCGGGCUCAGACAGAAACUCCCCUCCGGCUGCCAGCUCUGGAGCUGCAGCAACCAGACAGCCAACCAGCAGCAUCACCCCUGCUGUCACUCCAAGGGUCCCUGCUGUCAGCACUGGGCCAUUGCCCCCUGGGUGGGAGCAGAGGGUGGAUCAGAACGGCAGGUUGUAUUUUGUCGAUCACGUGGAAAAGAGAACAACGUGGGAACGCCCUGAACCACUGCCCCCUGGUUGGGAGCGUCGCGUCGACCAGAUGGGGCGGGUCUACUUUGUCGAUCACAUUACGCGAACCACCACGUGGCAGCGCCCCACAGUGGAGACGGUGCGUAACUACGAGCAGUGGCAGCACCAGCGGAGCCAGCUACAGGGCGCCAUGCAGCAGUUCAACCAGAGGUUCAUAUUUGGGCUACAAGACCAGGUCACAGCCACUCAGAAUAAGGAGUUCGAUCCUCUCGGGCCUCUGCCACAUGGAUGGGAGAAAAGAACAGACACAAAUGGCAGAGUUUAUUUUGUACAUCACCCUACGCGGUCAACACAGUGGGAGGACCCUCGAACACAGGGGUUGCUGAAUGAGAAGCCACUUCCAGAGGGCUGGGAGAUGAGGUUCACUGUAGAUGGUAUUCCCUACUUCGUAGACCACAACAGGAGAACGACCACCUACAUCGACCCUCGCACUGGAAAAUCCUCCCUUGAAAACGGACCUCAGAUCACCUACGUUCGAGACUUCAAAGCCAAAGUACAGUACUUCAGAUUCUGGUGCCAGCAACUGUCAAUGCCUCAACACAUCAAGAUCACUGUAACCAGAAAAACUCUGUUUGAGGACUCCUUCCAGCAGAUAAUGAGCUUUAACGCUCAAGAUCUGCGAAGGAGACUAUGGAUCAUCUUUCCUGGAGAAGAAGGCCUUGAUUACGGAGGUGUUGCCAGGGAGUGGUUCUUCCUGUUGUCCCAUGAAGUGUUGAACCCUAUGUACUGCCUGUUUGAAUAUGCCGGGAAAGAUAACUACUGUCUCCAGAUCAACCCCGCCUCCUACAUCAACCCUGACCACCUCAAGUAUUUCAAGUUCAUAGGACGCUUCAUUGCCAUGGCUCUUUUCCACGGCAAGUUCAUCGACACUGGUUUCUCACUGCCAUUUUACAAGCGCAUCCUGAACAAGCCACUGGCCCUCAAAGACCUUGAGUCUAUAGACCCGGAGUUCUACAACUCCCUCAUGUGGAUCAAGGAUAACGACAUCGAGGAGUGUGGGCUGGAGAUGUUCUUCUCUGUUGACAAAGAGAUCCUGGGUGAAAUCUCCACCCAUGAACUGAAACCAGGAGGAGGAGACAUCCAAGUCACUGAGGAGAACAAGGAGGAGUACAUCAGGCUGGUAGCAGAGUGGAGGCUGUCGAGAGGAGUGGAAGAGCAGACCCAGGCUUUCUUUGAAGGCUUUAAUGAGGUCCUCCCUCAGCAAUACCUGCAGUACUUUGAUGCUAAAGAGCUUGAGGUGAUGCUGUGUGGUAUGCAGGAGAUCGACCUUGCAGACUGGCAAAGAAACACCAUCUACAGACACUACGCUAGAAGCAGCAAACAGAUCGUCUGGUUCUGGCAGUUUAUUAAGGAAAUGGACAAUGAGAAGAGGAUGAGGCUGCUGCAGUUUGUCACCGGUACCUGUCGCCUGCCUGUAGGAGGCUUUGCCGACCUUAUGGGAAGCAAUGGUCCCCAGAAGUUUUGUAUCGAGAAGGUGGGAAAAGAAAACUGGCUUCCCAGAAGUCACACAUGCUUUAACAGACUGGACCUGCCACCCUACAAGAGCUACGAGCAACUGAAGGAGAAGCUGAUGUUUGCCAUCGAGGAGACAGAGGGCUUCGGACAGGAAUGAGAGAAACCAGGAGAAGUGUGAAUAGUGGGCACGGGAGUCUGAAGGAAUUAAAAACCACCAGUGUUCAAAUCAGGGAGCCCCUUCAGACAAAGCGGGCUUUUUCAUGUGUUUCUGCUCAUGCAUGCAUGCACACACCUGUAUGGUACUUCUAUGGGUGCGUGCGUGAGACUGUUGCCUGCAUGUUGUUGCAAAAGAACUGGGAUUCGCAUCUACCGUGUACACCAUGCUCGGAGCGGGCCUCUCAAUGCUUGAUUGGUAUGUGCAAAAUUUUGUAUUCCUUUAAACCAAAACACAGAAGCUGCUCUCAUCUGUCAGAAUGUGCGGCAAAUUAUGCAUGGGAUCCUGAAAAGUCACCCUCCAUGACGUCUGUUUAAUCAAAUCAAAUUUUAUUUAUAUAGCACAUCUCAUACAAAGUCAUCUCAAUGCACUUUUGCAUACAACAUAUGUGAGUAAAAACAAAUUGAGUCUUGAGAGUAAUUAAUCCCCAGCCCAGCCACCCUCACAGACACACCCAAUCACACAUACUCAAAACAGAACACUAGAGAGGUGAGGAAGAGAGAGAGUUUAACCAUUAGUGACCAUGCAGUCCCUGUCAGGCCAGAUCUGCACCUCAAGCUGACCACUGAGUCUGUGUUUUUUGGGAGGCCUCUGUCAAGAGCCAGAGGAAGGAGACAUGUCCAGCAAUUCUUGUCAUGGGUCCAAACAUGGCUGAUGUGGCGAGGCCAACCAUGAAGCAGAGUGCAGCUGCUUACUACAGGAGCUGCGCUCACUCAUGGAUCAAAGAGGAGCAGAAGCAGUAACUAAGAUCAGGAAGAGCGAUGGAGAUGUUAACAGACUGCGUGCCACACUGAGAACAUCACCAGUCGGAGGUUUAGAUGGAAACUCAGAGGACAUUUACAGAAGGAAAGUUUGGACAGAACAAGAUCCCUCCUUAAAAGUCAAAAACAUUUGUGCAGUUAGUGUGGGAAGCAGGAUGUGACGCUAAUCAUCCUGGAGGUGGCAGCAAUCAUUUCACUAGUCCUUUCUUUCUACAGACUGCCUGAUGGUAACAGGCGGUCUGUGCCACUAAACUGUGGCACAGCGGCUAGGGGCAUGGAGGAGGAGGGUGAGGCUGAGACUGGAUGCAUCAAAGGCGCUGCCAUUCUGCUUUCAGUGGUCUGCAUUGUCCUGGUUACAUCUCUUAAUGAGUGGAGCGAAGAGAAGCAGUUCCGGGUCCUCCAGAGCCGCUUAGAGCAGGAGCAGAAGUCCAAGGGGGGCAGGUGAACAAGCUCAUAGUGUCAGAGAGUUGUCGGUGUCGGGGGCAUUCCACAAGUCAAAUAUGGUGACCUCCCUACUGACGGCGUCCAGAUUCAGGCAAACGAUCUCAAGAUUGACGAGAUCAUGUCAACAAGAGCGUCGACAAAGACCCCAUGUUGAUGUCAUGGAGGGCUCUGGUAAGAUGUUGGUCACUGCUGUAGGUGUGAACUCUCAAACUGGAAUCAUCUUCACGCUGCUUGGUGCCAGUGAGGAGGGAGAUGGUGAGAAGGAGGACAAGAAAAGGAAAGAAAGGCAAAAACAAGGAUGGAGUCAUGGCGGAGAUGCCGUCGCUCAACAAUGACAGAACCAGAGAAAAACAAAAACCUACCAAAGAAGGAGAAGUUGGUCCUCCAGGGGAAGCUGACCACACUGGCAGGUCUGUUCAUGUUGACUCUCACUGUCAUGUCUGUUAAUGGGACUGCAGUAGUUUUUUCUCCCCGCAUGACAUCAUGUAAUGGCGGGCAACAGGGUGCCCUUGGGGCUACAGUCCAAUUCUCAUAACCAGAAGGGUCAAAGAUUCUUAAACAGUCUCCAUAAGGUGUCUUUGACCACCUGAUUUCAUCGUAUUGAAAUGCUUUGCAUUAAAGCAUCUGGUAAAUGUCAAAAUGUACAUUUUAAGGCACGAUUGAGAGGGUGUGCUUUUUAAAAAACAGGGUUAACUAUCACCAAAAAAGCAAACUUUGUUGCUCUAAGAUUGUUUGUUGCACCCCCUUUUAGCAUCAUUCACAUCAUCAUUCCCGAUUAUAUCCUCAAAUCUCACACUUUCAGCUUCAUCUUUACUCGUGACUAAAGUGGAUCCUUUUUAAAAAGUGAACAGUAACCUGUGACAAUAUAAGAUUAUAGCCAUGCCAUAGUGAAUUCAUAAAGAGUGCUCCAAAUUAACGCUUCAAUAACAGACAAUCUUGGUGCUGCAAAGAGAUUUGGGCAACAUGCCUAAUAUAAGUAACAAGAGAGAAACAGUUUGGUGUACCUGGUUCUAUAGUAUUUGAUCUGUGAAUCACUUCAUGAUUGUGAAAAGUGUUGUAGCCUCCAUUAUUUACAGUGGUGGGAAAUGUGGAAGACUUCAACAGAAGUUUAACUGACCCUAGUUUUAUAGGGCUGGAGUUUGUACGCUGUCGUGGGAGAUGGGACAUCUUGAAUUAGAGUAUUCUGGGAGUAUUUUAUAAGUUAUUCAUUGUCAUCUGAUUUUGCAGAUCAGAUCCUGAAAGAAUACAUUUGGGAAUGAAGUCGGUAUUUUAAGAUAUUUAUGUAUUCAGUACUCAAGAUGUACUUGACUUAAACUAAAAAUUCAAAACAAUGAAAUGCAAAACACAAGUGGAAAAAACACCAAAUGCAAGUCAAACCAAAUUUUUAUUUUUUUUUUUUUCAGUUUAGGUUUAAAAAAAACAAACUUUUAUGACAUUUUGAAUGCAUAUACUUUGCAGAACUCAAAAAGAAACUGCAUGUAGCUCCUGAUACACAUGUAGCAUUUAGAGGUGAGUUGUUACCUUGUUUUAACUCUUCAUGCCCCCAAAGCCCAUCACAAAAUGAACGGGGAAAAUAAAUAAUGUUCUUAGGAAUUUAUAAAUCGCUGUUAAACAGAUGCAGUGUGGUAUUAAAACUUUGGUCUUCCCUUUUACAUUUUUACCUCUUAAGUAUUUUCACUUCAUAACUCUUUAAAUUCCUCUGGUGUCAUUUUGUUUUUCAGACAGCAUAUUAAAAUUAUACAUGUGGCUAUGUUUUCAACUCUGAAGAUGUGUUCAAGUUAUGAUUUCAAGUUAAGAUUCUUAUGUUAGUGUUGCUUAUGGAUCCCGAGAGCUGCCAAUUUUAGCAGAUUACUGUUCAUGAUCACAGAUGUGUGUGCACGGAGAAACCUCCAGAUGCUUUACCAGUGUGCAAUCCAACAUUAAGUGUGUAUGAAAACGUGUUUGGAUGAUGUCACACAUCUGAUCAGUAACAGAGUUAUAAAAGAUGAUUCAUCUUAUUUAUCCCUAUGAAGACAUGAAACACUUCAUAGUGUGGUUGCUCAUUUUGGAGUGUCAUUUUGAAUUAGUUAAGUACACACUGAAAAGACAAGUGCAGUUACUGAGGAACAUUGGAUUCAGGUGUUGGUCUGACAAAGCAGAAGCACUUUUAAAAAAUAUCCCUCCACUUUCUUUUCUUCAGUAUUUGGGGAAUCCUGUCCUGGUUGUUAGUAACUCUAGGCUCUUUGUUUCCACAUGCGUGGUGCGAUGGUGUUUGUCGUCAGCCUUCAGGUAGCCUUAUUUCCACCCUCAACAUCAGGUAUCCUUUUUAGCAACUUGAUGCGAGCAGAGGUGAUUGACCACAUGGACUCUCUUGACCCUGCUGUGGAGAAGUAACCAGAUCAAGAAGAGUUUGAGAAGUUCUAUUGAAGAAACUGUACCAGUGUGGAAAAGCUAUAAGACUUGAGCUGAUCUCACACGGCCUGUUUUGAUGGCUAAGUGUGACUUCAGCUGGGAUAACAACUACUGAGAUAAAGUCAGUGUGAUAUAACGAAUGUAUGAUGAAAAGUGGUUUGGUGAAGUUGCCUCUAUACAUCUUUGCCUCAGAUUGUCCCCCCCUUUGAUGCAGAGUGUUAUUUUAAUCUUGUUCUGAGUUGAUCACACGUUAAAAUCCCAGGAGCAGAGCAGUUAAGCAAAUGUGUGAAUAUCACGAAUCACCGCUUCUUCUUUUUGUUCUCCAGAAUCCACCAUGUACAACUAAACCACUGUCACUCUCCUGUACAUGAAAACAAGUUGUAAAUGGUGUCAAUAACAAAUUUUCUUUUGUAAAAGAAAGGUUUUAAUAAGAGGUUUAUGGUAACACUAUAUUUUCUUUUCCCUGUUUAAUUGCUGAUGUACAUGAAAGAUGUGUAAUAUAGAAAUUGUCACCUUAAUAAAUUAAAUCAAAAAUGUG